GUCUUUUCGCGGCUUUGGCACGAACCGGAAUAACAUGGUUAUCACCUUGGCUGCAGAUCUGCUAGGAGGCACGCUACUGCAUUUGUCUGGGAAUUUGACAUUCAAAUGAGAGAUAUUUGUCUCAGUAGCGGUGUGGCGCGCGCGACUCUUCAGAGAGGGAAGAAACAUGAAACAAGACGUGAGGAUACUGUUGUUGGGGGAACCCAAAGUGGGGAAAACGUCUCUCAUCAUGUCUCUGGUUGGAGAAGAGUUCCCAGAAGAGGUCCCUCCCAGAGCUGAGGAGAUCACCAUUCCUGCAGACGUGACUCCAGAGCGGGUUCCCACGCACAUAGUGGACUACUCAGAAAAAGAACAGACCGACGAAAAGCUUCGAGAUGAAAUCGUCAAGGCUAAUGUGGUUUGUGUUGUGUACGAUGUCACAAACGAGGAUACGAUUGACAAGAUCAAAACCAAAUGGAUCCCUUUAGUAAAUGGAGAUGCAGAGAAAGGGAACAAGAUUCCCAUCAUCCUCGUGGGAAAUAAGUCUGAUCUUCGCAGCGGGAGUUCAAUGGAAACCAUCCUUCCCAUCAUGAACCAGUUCUCUGAGAUCGAGACGUGCGUUGAGUGCUCGGCAAAGAACCUAAAAAACAUCUCAGAGUUGUUCUACUACGCCCAGAAGGCAGUUCUUCACCCCACUGCUCCUCUUUAUGACCCUGAGGACAAACAGUUAAAACCAGCAUGUGUUAGAGCCCUAAGCAGAAUCUUCUACAUUUCUGACAAGGAUAAUGACCGAAUCCUCAGUGAUGCUGAACUUAACUCCUUUCAGAAAUCUUGUUUUGGGAAUCCUCUGGCGCCUCAGGCCUUAGAAGAUGUGAAGACUGUAGUUUGGAAGAACACCAGUGAUGGAGUCCAGGACAACGGCUUGACCCUAAAUGGUUUCUUGUUUCUUAAUACAUUAUUUAUCCAAAGAGGUCGACAUGAAACCACAUGGACUAUCCUCAGGAAGUUUGGUUACGACGAUAACCUUGAGAUGACUGACGAUUACCUUUACCCCGAACUGCGAGUUCCUGUCGGCUGCACAACAGAACUCAAUCACUACGGUCACCAGUUCCUUCAGCGGCUGUUCGAAAAAUACGACGAAGAUAAGGACUCUGCUCUGUCCCAGAUGGAGCUGAAGAACCUCUUCUGUGUUUGUCCUUACAUGCCUUGGGGUCCAGAUGUCUACAUGACUGUGCCGACCACAGACAAGGGCUACAUAUCUAACCACGGCUACCACUGUCAAUGGAUGCUUUCUGCGUACCUUGACAUCCACCGUUGUUUGGAGCACUUAGGAUACCUAGGCUACCCUAUCCUGACGGAGCAGGAGUCCCAGACUGCUGCCGUCACAGUCACAAGAGCAAAAGAGUUGGAUUUGGAGAAACGCCAAACCCAGAGGACGGUGUUUCUCUGCAAGGUGAUCGGACCACGAGGAACGGGCAAAACGGUCUUCCUCCAGUCGUUUGUGGGCCGCAAUGUCCUGACUAAAGGAAAUCCCAGCAGUGCCUUCUCACCCUAUGUAAUAAAUCUAGUCCAAGUUGGCAAUCAGGAGAUUUACCUCAUCCUCAAUGAGGUAGACGUGGAGACGGAAUUCCUGAAGGCGUCGGAUGCUUCCUGUGACGUUGCGUGUCUCAUGUAUGACGCCAGUGACCCUCAUUCUUUUGACUAUUGUGCCAGUAUAUACAAGCAACAUUACAUGGACAGCAACAUUCCCUGUGUGCUGGUUGCCUCCAAGGUGGAUCUUCCGGAGGUGAAGCAGUUCCAUGGCAUGACUCCUGCAGAGUUCUGCUAUAAACACCGACUGCCUCCACCGCUGCCGUUCUCCAGCUUGUUACUUGACUCCACCAGCAAGAACAUCUACAACCGGCUUGCCUGCGCAGCGAUGUAUCCACAUCUUAAUGGUUCCGACAUGAGCAGUACCUCCUUCUGGCUGCGGGUGGCGCUGGGCUCUGCCGUGGUCGCUGUCCUGGGUUUUGCUGUCUACAGAGCUGUCGCCAGGCUGAAAUGACCGGGACCUCCCAGCUUUUAUUUUUAUCCUCAUACUCCACCCAUCCAGACCAAAUCUUUACCUGGACAUUUCCAACAUCAGCUGACUUUCCAAGGAAAAUAUCGGAAAUUCUUUCUGACUUAAGUGUUGCGAUCCCCAACGCUUUUCAAAAGCAGUUGAAGGCAGAUGGUCAGAAAAUUCUCCAUGCUGCUAUGCCCCGCUUUUCUGCCUUAACUCGUCUAACCAGACUGAAGAGAAACACGGUCUCUCUGGGUUAAAACACACAGAAAUAAUUCUGCUAGUGUCCAGAAAGGUGCGUCAAUAAUAGGAUGACUUUCAGUAUAACUCUAUUUAGGCAGAAAUACCAAGAUUUAGAUUUCCAAUACAGUGUUUAGUGGGAAAAAAUGCCAAAAUAAAUCAAACCAAAAUGGAAGAAUUGAAGUAUAUUUUAGCAAAGACCAUGUUUAAGUGCUCAAACUUAAAAACAACAUAAAAAAAUAAAGAAUAUUUAUCUGAUUGCCAAAUCAUAUGCAGAAAUGUGAAGUUGAAGCAUGUUUUGCAACAGCUGCUAAACUUCAUCUCAACAGGUUUUGCAUCGAGAUGCUGGAAAAUAGUAUUUUUGCAUGAAAAGAACUAGUGACAGAUGAACGUCAGUGUCUCUUUUUAAAAAGCCAAGGAAACUUUGUAGUCUUGAGGUUCUUUUUCUGUCCCGAGUUCACAUGAUGGUAAUCUGUAAUCCUGUUGCCGUACAUUUGACACACCGUGUUACUCAAUCCGCCGUUUGUAUCUUUCUCCACAGAAAUGCGGUGUUGCUUUCUGAAGCUGGAGGCCUCAUGUUUGUGUAAAAAGAAAUUCUCUGUGAGACCUUUUAAAAACUUUUCUCAAUGAAAGUGACCAGAUGCUUAAUAAAAGACUACACCAGAGCAAAAUAAAAUGAAUUCUAUGAUUUA